CCCUCUCUGCCAUCUCCAUAUAAAUCGCCGUCGCCUUCGCUUCCAUCUAUCGUCCCUCUCUCACUCUUCUUCGGAUUCAAACAGUGGCACAUCGCGCAGCCAUGCCAAGGAAUAGGAAUAAGAAGGUAGCAGGGCCAUCGCAACAGCAGCAGCUGCCACCCGCCGGAGGAGGAAAUUUACAGUAACCUGUUUACAUAAUACGAGUACCAUUGGUUGCUUGAAGAUAUGUGUGCAGAUGCUUCAUUCUCAACUUGGAAAACACACUGUUUUCUUGCGUCCACAUUUCUAUGAAACUUGUGCUUCUUAUCCAUCCAAUGGUCGACAUCCUUUUGUUACACCAUCAGCACCACCGAAACAAGCAGCCAAAUCUAGCUUUGUCACAUGGGAUUUUAACAAGGAUGAAGAAGAAACAACAUUUGCUCAUGCACUCCGUAAAUGUGUGGAGGCUUCAAACUUAGGCUAUGUCAAAGCAAUCCACGCAAAGCUCCUAAAAAAUCCCUGGAUAGCUUCAUCAGUGUAUAUCCACAACCAUGUCAUCAAUGCAUAUGUGAAAUGUGGGGACAUAUGGGGUGGACACAAACUUUUUGAUGAAAUGCCGCAGAAAAAUAUUGUGUCUUGGACAGCCCUCAUUGCUGGCUUUGUGCAGAAGGGUUUUCCUAUUGAAGGGUUCUCUACAUUUUUCAGGAUGCACAACAGUGGAAUAACACCAAAUGAGUUCACCUUUGUGAGCGCUCUUCAUGCAUGCUCCUUUUCGGAUUGUCUGAGCUUGAUACAUCUGCUUCAAGUGUAUGGGUUGAUUGUUAGGCUCGGUUUUGAGUCUAACAUUUAUUUGGUGAAUGCUUUCUUGACGGGUUUAUUAAGGCAUCAUAGAUUAAAAGAAGCAAAAGAGGUGUUUGAGAAUUGUUCAUAUAAGGAUAUUGUGACCUGGAAUGCUAUGCUUGAUGGGUAUGUGCAAUUUUGCCCCUCUGAGUUGCCAAUUUUUUGGUUAAAAAUGCUAAGAAAUGGCGUGGAACCUGAUAAAUUCACUUUUUCAAGUGUACUUACGGGAUUGGCUGAACUUCCGUGCCUUAAAAUGGGUGUGCAAGUUCAUGCUUGGCUCGUUAAGUGCGGACAUGGGAACGAAGUGUGUGUGGGGAACUCUUUGGUGGAUAUGUAUUUAAAAUCUCAAAGGUUUAGUGAAGGGUUGAAGGCAUUUGAGGAGAUCCCAUCAAAAGAUGUUCGCUCCUGGACUCAAAUGGCUGCUGGGCUUUUGAAUCAUGAGGACCCAAGCAGUGCUCUUCAAGUCGUUGGAAAGAUGAGAGCGGCUGGUGUGAAGCCUAAUAAAUUCACGUUUGCAACUGCACUUAAUGCAUGUGCCAAUUUGGCAUCUUUGAAAGACGGCGAGAAGUUUCAUGGCUUGAGGAUCAAACUGGGGGACGAUAUCGAUGUUUGUGUGGACAAUGCAUUGCUUGACAUGUAUGCAAAGUGUGGGUGCAUGAGUGGUGCUUCGAUGGUUUUCAAAUCAAUGAACGAGCGCUCUAUCGUUUCGUGGACAUCAAUGAUAGCCGGGUACGCACAAAAUGGAUGCCCAAAAGAAGCCCUCGAGAUCUUCCACAAAAUGAGGAGAGAAGAGGUGAAACCCAAUGGCAUAACCUUGAUUUGCGCACUUUAUGCUUGUAGCCAAGGAGGCCUUGUCGACGAAGGGUGGAGUUUGUUCUCUUCAAUGACCCAUGAAUAUGGGAUUGUCCCUUUAGAAGAUCAUUAUGCAUGUAUGGUGAAUCUACUCGGUUGCGCUGGACAUAUAAAGGAAGCCGAGGAAUUGAUUCUGGGCAUGCCAUUCCAGCCCGGUUUGUUGGUUUGGCAAACCUUGCUAGGGGCGUGCGUGCUUCAUGGGGACACAGAGACAGCUCGGCGAGCUGCAGAGAAAGCAUUGCGUAUUGACAAAAACGACCCUGCAACCUAUGUGUUGUUGUCAAAUGCAUUUGCUGGUUUACUCAACUGGGAAAAUGUUGGGAGUUUGAGGGAAAUCAUGGGCAGUAGGGAUGUCAAGAAAACUCCUGGUUCCAGUUGGCUUCAAAUAAACAAAGGCAAGUCUCUCCUUGAAGCUGUAGUGUAGGUCCUGGAGGGCUGGCCUUUAUUCCAUGUUAAAUCGUAGUCCCCCGAUUCGUUAUCCGUUCCAAAAUAGGAAAAUGCUAAAAACCCCCACCCUUGCUACCACCCAUGCCCCCCCUACAUAAACAUGUGGUAGGGAGGCAAGAAAAUUAAAAUUAGAGGGUGGGUGGAGAAUGGGUAGAGAUAAAUAUGUGGUGGAGAAAUGAGUGGAGGCAAGGUUGGUAGUAAAGGUGGGGGGUGUGUAGCAUGGUCCUCCAAAACAAUCGUCUUAGUACCAGUACCAUUUUGGCAUCAUCAUUUGUUUAGUUUUGUUUUAAAAAUGUUGUCACAUCUUGUUUCAUUCUGUAUAACUUUUGAUGUACUUUUGUGAAAUAUUAACUUAUACUCCGUAAUUUUUAUUUAUAUACCAAUUUGUAAAUAUAAUAAGUUUAAAGAAGAUGG